AUGAGAGCGGAGGCAAGGAAGCCGUUGAUUGAGAAGGCGGAUGGCAGGUUUCAGUACGUUCCCUUCCGGUCUGAAGCCUCGCGACGGGAUGAAAACUACGAUAGAGAACCUGCCUUUCACGUGCGGCUGCUACCGCAGUGCUAUACCGCGCACCUUGGCUUCCCUGAGCUUGAUCGACAUGCUGCUCUCCGGCGAAAUUGGGAAGGAGGUAAAUGCGGCAACGCACUGCAGGCAGCCUGCGAGGGCGGCAUCAUCGAGGUGGUGCACAUAUUGCUCGAUCGAGGGGCCAAGGCGAAUGCGUAA